GAUGGCGGCGGCUCCUUUAGGCAGCUGAAGGGGGAUUUAGGCCCGGAAGAUCCGAGUCCAUCCGCGGCGGGGAGAGGGCGAGCGGGGCCGGCAGGGGCCGGAGCAGCGGCGGCGGCGCUCGGACUGUCCCAUCCGCCCCGUAUUGAGGCGCUGAGAGCGACGGGGCGACCAGAAAGCGAUGGUGAAAGCGGGGCCGUGAGGGGGGCGGAGUCGGACCGGACCCGCAGUAGCGGCAGCAGCGGCGCCGCCUCCCGGAGCGCAGACCCAGGAAGCGGCCGGGCGGGCAGUAGCGAGCCGCACCGCUGCCAUGGAGCUGAGGGUCGGGAACAGGUACCGACUGGGCCGCAAGAUCGGCAGCGGCUCCUUCGGAGACAUCUAUCUCGGUACGGACAUUGCUGCAGGAGAAGAAGUUGCCAUCAAGCUUGAAUGUGUCAAAACCAAACAUCCUCAGCUCCACAUUGAGAGCAAGAUCUACAAAAUGAUGCAGGGAGGAGUGGGCAUCCCUACCAUCAGAUGGUGUGGGGCUGAGGGGGACUACAAUGUCAUGGUGAUGGAGCUACUGGGACCCAGCCUGGAAGACCUAUUCAACUUCUGUUCAAGGAAGUUUAGUCUCAAAACUGUUCUGUUGCUUGCUGACCAAAUGAUAAGUCGUAUUGAGUACAUUCAUUCGAAGAAUUUUAUCCACCGAGACGUGAAACCAGAUAACUUCCUCAUGGGGCUGGGAAAGAAAGGCAACCUGGUCUACAUCAUUGACUUUGGGCUGGCCAAGAAGUAUCGGGAUGCCCGCACCCACCAGCAUAUCCCCUAUCGAGAGAACAAGAACCUCACAGGGACAGCACGCUAUGCCUCCAUCAACACACACCUUGGCAUUGAACAAUCUCGAAGGGAUGACUUGGAGUCUCUGGGGUACGUGCUGAUGUACUUCAACCUGGGCUCUCUCCCCUGGCAGGGGCUGAAGGCCGCCACCAAGAGGCAGAAGUAUGAGAGGAUCAGUGAGAAGAAGAUGUCCACUCCAAUUGAAGUGCUGUGCAAGGGCUAUCCUUCUGAAUUUGCCACAUACCUGAAUUUCUGCCGUUCCUUACGUUUUGAUGACAAACCUGACUACUCCUACCUGAGACAGCUCUUCAGAAAUCUGUUCCAUCGCCAGGGCUUCUCCUACGACUAUGUGUUCGACUGGAACAUGCUCAAAUUUGGUGCCAGCCGGGCUGCAGAUGAUGGGAGGGAACGCCGGGACCGAGAAGAACGAUUAAGACACUCCCGGAAUCCAGCCACUCGUGCUCCUUCUACAGCUUCCGGCCGUCCGCGGGGAACCCAGGAAGUGGCUCCCCCAACGCCCCUUACCCCUACCUCACAUACGGCCAACACCUCUCCUAGACCCGUCUCUGGCAUGGAACGAGAACGGAAAGUGAGUAUGCGGCUGCACCGUGGGGCCCCAGUCAACGUCUCCUCAUCUGAUCUCACGGGCCGACAAGAUACCUCUCGCAUGUCCACCUCACAGAUUCCCGGUCGGGUGGCUUCCAGUGGUCUUCAGUCUGUCGUGCACCGAUGAGAACUCUCCUUUUUGCUGUGAAGGGCAGACAAUGCAUGGCUGAUCUACUCUGUUACCAAUGGCUUUACUAGUGACACGCCCCCCGGUCUAAACCCGAAAUGUUAACGCCGGGAGCUCUCCAGGCCACUCACCCAGCGAUGCACAUGGGGAAUCAAAACACAAACUAAAUGGACAGGCUCCAAGAGCUGCCAUCGCCAGGGGCUGCCACCAUGGCCCCAUGUGAGCUCAGUUGUCAUGGGGCUGGGACGAAGAGCAGAGGCUGGGAAACCAUUGCAGAGAGAACCCGACUCCCUGUGAAGAGCCUCUCAGCUCCCACCAGUGGUGGCGGACCUGCGCUCCCUGAUGAUCCCACCGCAGCUACCAGUCUUCUACUUGGUUAAGACAGUUUUGUAUCAUUUUGCUAAAAAUUACUGGCUUAAAUCUGUGUAAAGAAAUCUGUCUUUUUAUUGUUUCUUUCUUGUCUGUUUUUGCGGUCUUAAACAAAAAAGAUGUUGACCUUAAAGAAUCCUAAGACACGCUGGCUUGGAGCUUCUGUGUAAAAUGGAGGCAGGCAAGAGAGGGGCACAUGUGAGUGUCGAGGAUGUGUGUUUUGUUUUGUUUUCUUGUGUUGUGCUGUUCACUUUGGAAAGGAAAUUCUCAUCAGUUGUGUAUGUGUGUGUGUGUCUUGUGGGCUCCCAUCAGCCUGAUUUGGGCAUCUUGCUUACUCUUUCCCACUGUAAACGGAUAUGCCUGCAGCCAUCAGAGCAGGUAGGGUACAACAUCAUGGAGUAGUAGGGUUCAGCAGUUCUAGCCUCAGCUGAGCACCAUGGCAUGGCAUUCUUCCCAAAGGAGGCAAGAAGGAAGUCAAAACUGAAGAACCCACGUGCAGAGACCUUGAGAGCCAUAUAGGCUGCUGGAGAAUUCCAAGAUUCAAAGCUGAGCUUGUGUUUGUGGUUUCUAGGGAGAGGAUUGAUAUUUUGGUAGGAUUGGUUGCCUCUAUGCCUUUGCACUUGGGAAGUUGUGGAACAGACUGAAUAGUCCCAUGCAGAUGCCACUUGGGUUUGUCAUUGCCUCUCAGAGCCAGGGAGCAGGCUGUCCUAGACACCAUGGUUUGCCCAGAGGGACCAGUGGCCAAAGGGAAUCACCCCUGAAGUGCCAAGAAGCAGGUGACUGCCUACCUGACUCUAGAACCUUCACCUCCAGAAAGGUGUGGUGCCACACGCCUCAUGAUCUUCAGCUGGACACAUCUGCGGGCUGGGCUGCUCUGCCGCUGGCGGUUAGGAUGCCAACAUGCUCUUCCCUACCAUGUGCACCGGAUAUGAAGAGACGGCAGGACCUGAGCUCCCCAUCUGAGAAAUGGGGUGCAGUACAUGGGUGUGGGUCCAUCUCUUUAUUUUUCCUGUCAGCCUGUGGAGAGAGUUAUGCUGGGUACCUUGUUCCCUGUGGAGGUUUGGGCUCUAAUGGUGCCACCAUGGCUUCUCCCUUCUUCCCAGAGUUCCCUGGCUCUGAGCACUGGCCCAAGGUUGGGGGACACACUGCUGAUGUGUGAUAGCAUCCCAGAAUGUGGCUGUUAAUUGUGCCUGCCAGCCACGUGAGCCUGUGGGUGCUUUCUGAAUCCUGAGCUGGUUACUCUGCAAGCAUUUUAGGGUGGAGAGACUUGACUCGGUGGGAUUGUGUGUCUAGGAGUGCAGAGGGAGGUUGGGGGGGUCGGGCGAGUUUGAGAUCUUUGUUGCAAAUUCUUUAUCAGAGUUGGCCCUUCCCUCUCCAGUGGCAGGCCUGCCUGGCAAGUGUUCUUGUAGAUACCUGUGGUGCUGGAGGGGUACAGGGUGGCCUUGAGACUAAUCCAGGUUCAGCCUGGCUUUGUUGGGUUGUGCUCAGAUUAGGCCCAUUGGAAGUCUCCAGGGUGUGGCCCUGACAGUUCUUGCCCAAUAUUUAAUCCCACCAUCCCUCGCAGGAAGCGUAGUUAGAAUGUGUGUAUCAACCUGUGUCUUGGUGAGCAGUCUCUGAGCUGUGCGUUUGUACUACCACUGUGUUUGUGUACUUUAACAAUUGUGUAAAUAAUAAAUUCAUAAUGACUUCUACCUUU